ACAAUCACAUUCCAUGUUAAAACCAAAAAAAAAAAACCGUACAUGAACAUCUCCUGACCAUUUGAUUAUUUAAAGACAAUAUCUUUAUAUUAACGUAAUACUCAUCACAUUAACAAGAUGAAUGAAACCUCGGAGUACAAGUCGCCAAGAGAUUCGGACGGACACGGGACCCAUACGGCGUCCAUAGCCGCCGGGAGGUAUGUCUUUCCUGCUUCCACAUUGGGAUAUGCACAAGGGGUGGCCGCGGGUAUGGCGCCCAAGGCGACACUCGCCGCUUAUAAGGUCUGCUGGAAUUCGGGAUGCUACGACUCUGAUAUUCUGGCUGCGUUUGACGCCGCCGUUGCUGAUGGCGUUGACAUUAUUUCGCUCAGCGUGGGUGGAAACGGUGGUCCCGGUGGGCUUACGGUGACCAAUGUUGCUCCAUGGGUCACCAACGUUGAUGCUGGGACCAUCGAUAGAGAUUUCCCUGCUGAUGUUAAACUUGGUAAUGGGAAGACGUUGCCCGGAGUUAGUAUAUACAAUGGACCUGGUUUGACUCCCGGUCGGAUGUACCCGUUGGUGUAUGCCGGAAGUCAAGGCGGUGAUGAGUAUUCGGCUUCUCUGUGUUUGGAUGGUUCUUUGGAUCCCAAUUUCGUAAAAGGAAAAAUCGUUGAUGAGCGCUUGAAGGUGAUGAGACAUCUUCAACCUGAAAACCAAUAAUUAAUAACAGGUGAUUUGCUCGUUAUUCUUUUAAAUCAAGCAAUGAAGUUGUUAAUACAGGAUUAGUAUAAAUGUGUACCUACUUCUCCACUCCAGGCUGUAGACGUAGAGGGAGACUGAUGGCUCCUAAGACUUAAAAACUUUUCUUCGCAAUCUGGAGAUAUGCUGUGUCACUAGUAACCCAUUUGUUGCUAAAAUUAAAUAAAGGCAGCCCUUCAAG